AUGGACUCGGUCGUCGACAUGGCGGACGCCAGCAAAGCCCUGGAUCUUUCGCGCAUCCGAUUCCAGCUCAUUCGUCUGGAGGACACCAUCACCUUUCACCUCAUCGAACGAGUGCAGUUUGCGCUGAACAAGACCAUCUACACACCCGGCGCGAUCCGCAUCCCCGACAGUGACCUGAGCUUCUUCGACUGGUAUUUUUCUCAGCAGGAGAAGCUUCAGUCCUUGAUCCGGCGCUACGAGUCACCGGACGAAUACCCCUUCUUCCCCACGGCGGUGCAGAAGCCGUUGCUCAAGCCGCUCAACUACCCGCGGAUCCUGCACCGCAACGACGUCAACGUCAACGCCAAGAUCAAGCAUUUCUACAUUGAAAAGUUCCUGCCCGCCGUCUGCCCCGACUUUGGCCGCGCCGACCGGGGAGAGUCGCAGGAGAACUACGGAUCGACGGCGACGUCCGACUUUGCUUGCCUGCAGGCGCUGUCGCGGAGAAUCCACUACGGCAAGUUUGUUGCCGAGUCCAAGUUCCGGUCCGACGUCGACAAGUACACCCGCCUCAUCCGGGCCGGCGACCGCCAAGGGAUCGCCGAAUCCAUCACCAAUUCGGCCGUCGAGCAGACCAUCCUCGAGCGGCUGCGCCUCAAGGCCAUGACCUACGGCACGGACCCAUCCACGCCGGACGGCACCGAGGGGCCGGCCAAGAUCAACGUGAACGCCGUGGUGUCCAUGUACAAGGAUUUUGUCAUUCCCCUGACGAAGGAGGUCGAGGUGGAAUAUCUGAUGCAAAGGUUGGAACCGGACGAUUCGUCUUGA